AUGAAAACGGCUGAGUUUGUCCCCGUCCUCCUAUGGGAACUCCUGGUAGAAAUCUUGUCAUGGCUUCUGGUUAAGACUCUCAUGCAAUUUAGGUGUGUUUGUAAAUCAUGGAAAUCACUCAUCUCUAAUGACAAAGCGUUUGAAAAAUUACACCUGCACAUAUCGGCAAAAAACAAGCACGUACUCGUCACCCUACGAGAGCCCGACUACGAUGUGGAAGACGAGGACCACUACCUCAUUAUGUGCCCCGUGCGUCGAUUUGUCGAGGAUCCGUCCUUCAUGAUCGACGAAGAAGGGAGCUGCACUUUGAAGGGCGAGUACAACAUCGUUGGCUCAUGUAACGACUUAGUCUGUUUUCACCUCAUUGACAGUAAUUUUCGCACAGGUGAGUUCUGGGUCCGGCUCUGGAAUCCGAUCACACGCUUGUGGUCCAACAAGUCACCAACCUUUGAUAUCGACAACCGCGUGAGCUUUGGAUUCGACUAUGAUGAUUUGCGUGAUACUUAUAAGGUGGUGGGGCUUUCGGAUUAUUUUUGUUGGAGAGGGUGGAAAUUGGUGACAAUGGUUUAUUGCAUGGGUGAUAGUUGUUGGAGAAAUAUCCAGGGCGACCCUGGUUUUCGACUUUCGCUAAAGCAAAAUUAUGGGCAGUUUGUGGGUGGCUGUCUUAAUUGGUUAGCAUAUGACGACUCGAAUCAUCACUGUAAUCAUCAGAACCAUCAUACCGAUCUUGAGCGGUUUGUGAUUGUUUCAUUUGACAUGCGUAAAGAGACCUAUAGCUCUUUGUCAUUGCCUGAGGUUAUUAGUGAGGUGUCUAACAUUGAGAUAGAACUUAGUGUUUUUGAGAAUUGUCUGUGCCUUUUUCAAGACUGUAAAAGAAUCCAUUUUGAUGUGUGGCAAAUGAGAGAGUACGGAGUUCGUGAGUCUUGGACUCGAUUGGUCACUCUCAGUUAUGAACAUCUUCAAUGUGAUGUCUAUAUGUUUUAUCCGCUGCCGCUGAUGUGCUUGUCUGAAGAUGGUGACAUCUUAAUGCUCUUCGAAAAUCAAAAUCGAGAUGUUAUUUUAUAUAAUCUAAGAGAUAAUAGUGAGAAACAUAUUCAACUUCCCGACAACAAACGUUGGUUGAAUGCCAAUAGUUAUGUACAAAGUCUAGUUUAA